AUGGAUUCGGUACUUUUUGCGAUGGGUUGGUGCAAAUACAAUAUGACGUUUUUGGGUGUCUGGCCCGAACCUGGCAAGGCUUCACAAACAAAGCAGCGCCUCUCGAAUCUGAUAUUUUGGUCGUCGGCCGCCAUCGUGCUGCUGUUCGUAAAUCUGCCGAUUUUUGGGCACUUAUUUGUCACGUGCACAAAUCUGGACGACGUAAUAGGAAAUCUAUCACUCAACGUGCCAACUUUCUACGCAUUCAUCAAGCAGCUGUUCCUGCGAUACAAUAAAAAAAACUAUAAAAGUAUACCAAAUAGAGAUCUGUUCCAAGCUCUGACGCUACUGGUUCGUCAGAUGCUGGAUGACUGGACGGGACCGAUAUCAGAAGCGGAGAGGCAAGCGAUGUUGAAAAGCGCCAAGAAAAGUCAUGUGAUAUCCAUCCUGAGUUCCCUGCUUACGUAUCUUUUAUUGAUCGCCUUAGCUACGAUGUCGAUUUGGAAUAACAUGCACCAGCCGAUCGAGCUCGAAUUCGAGCCAGAUAUGCCGUUCCCGACAGUCUUCCCGUACAACCUCAAGAACAGCCCCGUUUUCGAGCUCACGUGGCUUGGUGAGAACAUGGGGGCAUUCGUAACGGCUAUCUGUUACACGUGCUUCGAUACGUUUCUGGCGGUGCUGAUACUGCAUCUGUGCGGUCAGUUAGCGGUGCUGAAAAUAAAUUUGAAGAACUUGGUAGUUGCGACUCAGCAUGACGGCUUCGUCGAGUUCUAUAAGAAACUAGGCUGCAUCGUGCAGAGGCACGAAGAACUUUAUAGGUACGCUACAGUCGUCGAGGAUUACUUCAAUCUCGCCCUGUUGGUGCAAACGGUGAUCAGUACGGCAAUGUUUUGUUUGACCAUAUAUCGCUUAAUUACAACGAUGAAUCAAUACCAUGCGGUAACUGAAAUAAUAUACUUAACAAUACACGUAAUGUACACGACAAUACAUUUUUUUCUUUAUUGUUAUAUUGGCGAGCAACUUCUCUCUGAAAGUUCAAGCAUAACACAAACAGCGUUCGAUUGCGAAUGGUAUGAUUUACCUCCGAAAAAGGCGAUAUCUUUAACGAUUAUCAUGAUGCGAGCGAAUAUAUCGUUCAAACUAACAGCGGGAAAGUUCAGUCCGUUCUCCUUGGACUUGUUUAGUACCGUAAAUUUCAAUUUCGCGAUCGGAUGGAAUCGAUUCAAUUUGGGCCUUAUCGGCGUCUGGCCCGACCCGCUACAAAGUCCCGGAAAAAGAGGCGGGCUCUCCCAACUUCGUUUUCUAACAGCCAGCUUCUUCAUGCUGAGUUUCAUGUGUAUACCACAAUUGGUGAACCUGUUCUUUAUUUGGGGCAACGCGGACAUGAUGACCGAGAAUUUGGCGAUCGCCAACAUCCCAAUGGCAAACGCUUUCAUGAAAGCCGUCACUAUGUGGCGUCAUAGAAAAGUCUUGAAGCAACUGGUCGAGUUCUUUUACCAAGAUUGGCACGCAUCGAAAACUUCUUAUGAAAGGACAGCCAUGCUGAAAAAUGCCUCGGUCGUCCGGAACAUAUCAAUCUGGUGCAUGGUGCUUACGCAGACUGUGGUGAUUUUAUACGUUAUACUUAGAAUCUUGACGAACGUCAAGUUGCAGCGAAACAACUCUACCCGCCUUAUGAUGUGCACGGCCUAUUUUCCCUUCGACAUCACCCAAAGUCCCGUCUUCGAAUUGAUCUACGUAUGUCAGGUCCUAUCGGCUUUCAGCGGGGCUGUGAGCUACACUGGCAGCGACAGUUUCGUCUCUAUGUUGGUGCUUCACGUCUGUGGUCAGUUUCAAAAUUUGCGAAGGAGACUAAAGAACCUCGUCGACGACUCGGGCGGAGUGAAAACGACCGAGGACUUCAGAAACGAGCUAGCGCAAAUCGUGAAGAGACACGAGCAUUUGAAUUGGUUUGUAAACAGGAUUGAAGACUCUUUCAAUAUAGUGUUCUUAUUCCAAAUAUUUUCUUGUACUGUUCAAUUGUGCUUUCAAGGUUUCCAGGUUUUCAAUAUAUUAAUAAAUAACGGAGACAAAUCACCGACCUGCCAGUUAAUCUUUCUAGUUAUUUUUGUAACUUUUGUCUUAGUCCACUUAUAUGUUUAUUGUUAUGUCGGCGAGAUGUUGCUCGUGCAGAGUACCGAGAUAAGCUUCUCCGCGUAUGAAUCCAACUGGUUUAACGUGCCAGGGAAGGAAGCGAGAAGUCUCCUCUUUAUCAUGUGCAGAUCUACAGUCCCUCUUUCUUUAACCGCGGGAAAGUUCGGCGUAUUUUCUUUGCAACUAUUUAGCAAGAUUGUGAAAACCUCACUCGGUUACUUGUCGGUACUGCUGACCGUAACAAAUCGCAAAGAAUAACUCCUCUCAAAUAAUAUUUAUCGUAUUUACGACAACGGUUAUUACAUAAUCGUUAUUGUUGAGCGAUUGUAAUUUAUUAAAAAAUGAUCGUGCGAUUGCGACAAAAUGUGAUGAAUAUUUUUUCCG